AUGUGCUCCCUCCCUUCUCCCCUCGCUCGCCCUUUCGAGCCCUCGCUCGCCCUUUCGAGCCCUCGCUCGCCCUUUCGAGCCCUCGCUCGCCCUUUCGAGCCCUCGCUCGCCCUUUCGAGCCCUCGCUCGCCCUUUCGAGCCCUCGCUCGCCCUUUCGAGCCCUCGCUCGCCCUUUCGAGCCCUCGCUCGCCCUUUCGAGCCCUCGCUCGCCCUUUCGAGCCCUCGCUCGCCCUUUCGAGCCCUCGCUCGCCCUUUCGAGCCCUCGCUCGCCCUUUCGAGCCCUCGCUCGCCCUUUCGAGCCCUCGCUCGCCCUUUCGAGCCCUCGCUCGCCCUCGCUCGCCCUCGCUCGCCCUUUCGAGCCCUCGCUCGCCCUCGCUCGCCCUUUCGAGCCCUCGCUCGCCCUCGCUCGCCCUUUCGAGCCCUCGCUCGCCCUUUCGAGCCCUCGCUCGCCCUCGCUCGCCCUUUCGAGCCCUCGCUCGCCCUUUCGAGCCCUCGCUCGCCCUUUCGAGCCCUCGCUCGCCCUCGCUCGCCCUUUCGAGCCCUCGCUCGCCCUCGCUCGCCCUUUCGAGCCCUCGCUCGCCCUCGCUCGCCCUUUCGAGCCCUCGCUCGCCCUUUCGAGCCCUCGCUCGCCCUUUCGAGCCCUCGCUCGCCCUUUCGAGCCCUCGCUCGCCCUUUCGAGCCCUCGCUCGCCCUGCCCCGCCCCGCCCUCGCUCGCCCUGCCCCGCCCCGCCCCGUCCCGCCCUCGCUCGCCCCGCCCCGCCCCCGCUCGCCCGCCCCGCCCCGCCCCCGCUCGCCCCAUCCUGCCCUACCCCGCCCGCCCGCUUCCCCGUACCAUCCUCGCCCACCCACUCCCGUGCACCACCCUCACCCACUCCACCAUACCGCACUCACCAGCCCGCUCACCACCUCCCUCCUCGUUUGCCCGUCCGCCCGCUCCCCCAUUCCCGCCCUUGCCCGCCCGGUCCCUCAUUCCCGCCCGGCCCCCCAUUCCCGCCCGGCCCCCCAUUCCCACCCUUGCCCACCUGCCUGCCCCCUCCCCCGUUCUCCCUUUGUCUGCCCACCCCCCUCUCCCGUUCCCCCUUUGUCCGCCCGCCUGCUCCCUUCCCCCCGUUCCCCACUCGCCCGCCCCCUGCCCUCUCCCCCCCUGCCCUCUCCCCCAUUCCCCACUCGCCCGCCCCCUGCCCUCUCCCCCCCUGCCCUCUCCCCCAUUCCCCACUCGCCCGCCCCCUGCCCUCCCCCCGUUCCCCACUCGCCCGCCCCCUGCCCUCCCCCCGUUCCCCACUCGCCCGCCCCCUGCCUGCUUCCCCAUUCCCCACUCGCCCGCCCCCUGCCCUCCCCCCGUUCCCCACUCGCCCGCCCCCUGCCCUCCCCCCGUUCCCCACUCGCCCGCCCCCUGCCCUCCCCCCGUUCGCCCCUCGCCCGCCCCCUGCCCUCCCCCCGUUCGCCCCUCGCCCGCCCCCUGCCCUCUCCCCCCCUGCCCUCUCCCCCGUUCGCCCCUCGCCCGCCCCCUGCCCUCUCCCCCCCUGCCCUCUCCCCCGUUCGCCCCUCGCCCGCCCCCUGCCCUCUCUCCCGUUCGCCCCUCGCCCGCCCCCUGCCCUCUCUCCCGUUCGCCCCUCGCCCGCCCCCUGCCCUCUCUCCCGUUCGCCCCUCGCCCGCCCCCUGCCCUCUCUCCCGUUCGCCCCUCGCCCGCCCCCUGCCCUCGCUCCCGUUCGCCCCUCGCCCGCCCCCUGCCCUCUCAUUCCGUUCCCCCUUCGUCCACCCCCUGCCCUCUCCCCCCAUUCCCCCCUCGCCUGA